ACUCGACACCAAUUCUUUGUCAAAACUCUGCAGCCUAACGACUCGCCCUCCACAUUGAUUCGCGAGCAACCUUGAAGAUCACUUCCAUCUCAUAAACCCUUCAACGAAACUAUCGCAAUGGAUUUCACAAACAUCUUCCGUCUUGUCAACAUCGCCGUGGGCGUGUUUAUGGUGCUCGGUGGCAUCAGUAACUUCUUCACCGGCACCUGGAGUUCAUUCAUCCUCGGCGCAUAUGCGGUCGUCUUCGGUCUCGUCGUCGGCGGACUGGAGUUCCUCCCCCAUGUUCCGGACUACGCGUACCGUUAUGCGUCGUUCCUCUUCUCCUUCCUGGGCCGUGGUGUCUUCUACAUCUUCAUCGGUUCCAUUCUGCUGCACGACCACGUGCUGCGCAUCAUUGAUGGUUCGCUGAUUGCCUUCAUCGGUCUCGGAUACGUCGCCCUCGAGUUCAUUCCUUCUAUCGAGCCCCCCUCGAACAUGCGCGAAUCCGACCAGGGCUGGGGUGCCGAGCAGGUCUAAAUUGCCU